UAAAACUGCCAGGAUGAUGACGGAUUUAUGCCCGAACAACAGAGCUCAGGUAGAGGUCGACGAUUUGAAGAGAGUCCACUCAUCAGAUUUCUGCACCUUACCGGACUCACAGCAUUCCAGCAUCGAGGAGAGAGAACACCUUCAGGUCUACCUCCGAAUCCGACCCUUCACCUCAGCAGAGAGCAGUAACGGAGAGUCACAGGACUGUGUUGCCAUCGAGCCUCCUGACACGGUUCUGCUGAAGCCUCCCAGUCUGUCGCUCUCGGCGAGGCUGAGCACUGACAGAUCACUGCCACAGACUGGACAGCGCUUCCAGUUCUCUCAGGUGUAUGGUCCUGAGACGACACAGAGAGAGCUGUUUGAAGGCACGGUGAAGGAUCUGGUGAAAGAUGUUCUCGAAGGGGGAAACUCUCUGGUUUUCACUUAUGGAGUCACCAACGCCGGGAAGACCUUCACAUUCUUAGGUCCAGAUGCUGAUGCAGGUAUCCUGCCCAGGUCUCUUGAUGUGAUCUUCAGCAGCAUCGAUGAACAUGUUUUCCCCGGGAUGAGCAUCAAACCUCACCGCUGCCGAGAGUUCACGCGUCUCACCAGGGAGCAGCAGGCCGAGGAGGCGCUGUUCAAGAGAAACCUCUUCAAGCAACUGAAAGAGAGUGAGAGGAGCAACGCCAGCAUUUUGAACGCGACCAAUAAGACUCUCCUUGAAGCUCCCUCCAUCCUGGGGACGUCUGUAGCAGCAGAGGACAGAAUCAGCCUGGAGGUGGAAACAAACACUAAGUUCUCCGUCUGGGUUUCCUUCUGUGAAAUCUACAACGAGAACAUUCACGACCUCCUGGAGGUGGCGCCCAGUGCGGCCCCGCGGAGGACAGUGCUGCGCCUGUCGCAGGACGUCAAGGGCAACGCUUUCGUCAAAGACCUGCGUUGGGUUCAGGUGAACAGUGCAGAAGAGGCUUACAAGGUGAUGAAGCUGGGCAAGAGGAACCAGAGCUUCUCCUCCACCCGACUCAACCAGCUCUCCAGCAGGAGUCACAGUAUUUUCUCCAUCCGCGUUUUGAGGAUUGAGGACAUCGGGACUCCGAGGGUUCACACAGUCAGUGAGUUGUGUCUGUGUGACCUGGCCGGCUCCGAGCGAUGCGCCAAGACCCAGAAUAAAGGCGAGCGUCUGAAAGAAGCGGGAAACAUCAACACCUCGCUGCUCAUCCUGGGAAAAUGCAUCAACGCACUGCGACACAACCAGCAGGCCAAGCUGCUUCAGCAUGUUCCCUUCAGGGAGAGCAAGCUGACCCACUACCUGCAGGGCUUCUUCUGUGGUCGAGGUAAAGCUUGUAUGAUCGUCAACAUCAACCAGUGCGCCUCCAUGUACGACGAGACGCUCAACGUGCUCAAGUUCUCUGCUGUGGCGCAGAAGGUUGUGGUUCUGUCCACACGGCCCCCUCCCAUCAUCCCCCAGAGAUCUGCCAGCGAGGCAUCCGUCAUCACCAACAGUGGAGAGAGGAGGGCUGCCCGGAGCAGCAGGAGGAGCUCCUUGAAUGGCUGGGAAAGCAGCCUGGAGGAUGUACAGGAGGAUGUGGACGAUGAGUGUGAGGAAGAAGACAGCCUGAUGGAAGUGACCGUGGAUCAGACAGGCAAUGAAGAAGACGGAGAUGAAGACGAUGACAAAAUUCUCCUGAGUAAAAAGAUGCACCAGAGGCAGGUGGUGCUGUUGAAGCAGCUGCAGGUGCAGCUGAAGAAGGAGCGGGCGGAGAGUCUGCUCCUGGAGGCGCGAGUGAGAGAGGAAAUCAGCAGAGAGUUCUCCGAGCUUUUCUCUGAGAUGCAGAACGACUACAGUGACCGUCUGGGGAGAGAGCGGGAAAUCCUGGAGGAGCGAGCAGAAAGGAGGCUCGAGAUCUUCAAGAACCUUAUUGACAAAAUGGCCAAAGCUGGAACCGGUCACGACGCAAACGUCAUGGAGGCGUUGACCUCCCUCGAGGAGGAGCAGAAGGCCAGAGAAGACGCCCUCACCGCUCUGGAGUACCAAACGGUCGGCAAAGAGGAGGCACUGGCUUCCUUAGAGGAGGAGAGGAAAGCGAGGGAGGAGACCCUCAGGAGAGACAAAGAGAAAGCCGCGGCAGGCCUCGCAGAAGAGAGGCGGAGCAGAGAGGAGGCGCUUGCUGCUCUGGAGGAGGCUCGGUCGGCUCUGGAGACGGAGAGGAAGGAGAGAGGAAAGAAGCAGCAGGAGUGCGAAGCGCUUCAACAGGAAGUCAGAGAGCUGACUGACAAACUGGAAGCUGCAGAACGCCAGGUGACGAGCGAGACGGAGAGAGCCGAACGAGCGCUGGUCCAGCUGCAGUCUGCUCGGAAACAUCUGGAUGAACACUCCAAGCAGAUCCAGGAGAAGACGUCCCAGAUUCACACCCUGACGCUGGAAGCUCAAGGCCUGACGCAGGAACUGCAGACCACCGCAGCGUCGUCUGACGGCGUCAACGCUCAGCUGAGAGACGAAGCGUCAGAGCUCAGGAAGAAUCUGGCUGACGAAAAGGAGAAAAGCGAGAGAAGUCGCAGACGAAUGCCGGAGCUGGAGCGUGAGCUAGCACAGGCAAAGGAACAGCUGGCGCACAAGCAACAGCUGGAAGAGUUUAAUGAGAAGCUCAGUCAACAGGAAGAAGCUUCAAAACAGCAAAUUGAAGAGCUGAGAAAGAAGCUUGAGGAGCAAGAGGAUGUCCGAUCCAAGCUUGAAUGUCAAGAGCUCGCUUCCAGAGAAGAAGUCGAACAGCUGAGAGCAAAACUGGAGGAACAAACGCAGGCCUCGGAAAAGCAGGUGGAGGAUCUCAACGAGAAGCUGCGAGAACAGAAAGCGGAGUCACAACAGCUGCUGGAGGAGCUAAAACACAAACUGAGCCAACAGAAAGAAACCUCCGACAAACUCUUAGACGAUCUGAAGCGGAGGAUUAGUGAACAGGAGCAAACUGCAGAGCAGCUCAAGGCCGAGCUAGGAGAGGCUAAAGGUUCGAGCAGUUCCUGUAGCGCUGCUGCUGAAGAAGAGCUCAAGAGGUUGAACCAUGAUCUCCAGACAGAGGUGGCGUCCCUGAGGGCAAAGCUCUCCAACAUGGAGGAAACAAAGGAAGAGGCAGAGCUGCAGAAAAAGCUGCUGGAGGCGGGAGCGGAGGUAACAACCCUGCAGAAGAGCCUGAAGGAGGCGCAGGAGCGGCGGGAGGAGGAGGAGAGCCAGGCGGUCCAGGAGGCCCGGCGCAGGGAGGCAGAGCGGCGCCGGGAGCUGCUGGCCGUCGCACAUGAGGCCAUCGCUCAGAAGGACGAGGAGCUGGAGAAGAGAGCCGAGGAGAUCAGCAGACUAAAAGAAAGCGCCAAACGGGACUCAGAGAAAGUCAAGAGCCUCGGCGUCGACCUCCAGAGGAAAGAGGACGACACCUCAGACCUCCGAGAGAAACUGGCCGACUACAAGAAGCAGAUCCAGCAGGUCCAGAAGGAGAUUUCGGCCAUGAGAGAAGAAGAGAAGCUUUUGAAGCAGAAACUGUCUGACGUGGAGAAAACCAAGAAGCAGCUUCAGUCUGAGGUCGCCGGCAGAGACAGAACCAUCCAGCAGCUCAAACUGGAACAAUCGUCCGAGGCCAAGUCCGACCAGACGCUGCAGCUCUACCAGAAGUCCUGUAAAGACCUGGAGGCCAAGGAGCGCGUGAUCGAGGACAUGCGUUUGGCUCUGACGGAGCAGGAGGAGACGCAGGAGGAGAUGGAGCAUGUCCUGGAGGAGAAACUCGACCUCGUCCAGGAACUCUCCGGUGAAGUGGAGAAAUUGAAGGGGAUGUUGUUACAGCAGGACCGUGGAAACAACACGCACCGUCCACUCGACAGCCAAUCAGACGACCUCAAGCUGGCCAAACAGGAAGCCGCCCGAGCCCAGGAAAGCUUGAAGCUGUGUACAGACAAACACCAGGCCGAACGCAAAAAGUGGCUGGAGGAGAAGCUGUCCCUGAUUGGUCAGGCUAAAGAGGCCGAGGACAAGAGGAACCAGGACAUGAGGAAGUUUGCAGACGACAGAGAACGCUACAACCGGCAGCAGAGCCAGCUGGAGUCCCUGUCGUCCCAGCUGUCCGAGAAGGACGAGACCAUGGAGAAGUGGAGGAAGGAGAGAGACACCCUGGUCGCAGCCUUGGAGGUCCAGCUCCAGAAACUUCUCUCCAGCCAAGCGGAGAAAGACAAACUCAUCCUGGAGCUUCGGCAGAACAACACGAAGCCGCCACAAGAGUGUGCUGAUGGCGGUGAUGGCGUGGCGGAGCUGCAGGCUGCUCUGCGUGAGAAAGAGGCCGACAUCCAGAGACUGAAGGAAGCGCUGAAGGCCUCCACAUCCAGACAGGUGGACUCAGUCACUCAGACGAGAAGCAGCCGGAGCCCUGCUACACCGGGAGAGAAACCCCAGAGUGAAACCCUCAGCAGGAAGUCUGGAGGAAGGAUGGACACCAGAGCGUCGGUCAGCAGCCAGCAGGGCUCAGCUGGCUGUCCGUCAGUCCUCGACUCCUCUGAGAUCUCCACGGAAAACGGGAGGACGAGCCGCUUCCCCCGGCCGGAGCUGGAGAUCUCCUUCAGCCCUCUGCAGCCCAACCGCAUGGCGCUGCGGCGGCAGGGAGAGGAGAGCGCCGUCACUGUCAAAAUCACCCGCUCGGCGCGCAAGAGGAAGAGCGGAGAGAUGGAGAAGGAGGAGGUGGAGGCAGAGAACAGAAGGAACACAAGGACCAAACUGACGGCAAAGCUGACGGCACACCAGGAGGAGAUCUCCUCCCCGCCGGGUCGCCACGACUCCCGCAGCAGGAAGGAGGGAACGCUGCAGAAGAUCGGUGACUUCCUGCAGAGCUCGCCAACGCUGCUCGGCACAAAAGCCAAGAAGAUGAUGAGUCUGGUGAGCGGCCGCGGUGAAGCCGCCGCCUCUUCCUCCUCUUCCUCCUCUUCCUCCCUCAGUCUGAGAGCCAAGAAGAACAAAAGGAAACUCUACAGGCCUGAAAUCUCCUCCCCCAUGGACAUGCCCUCGCACCCGAUCAUCAGCAGAGAGCCGGAGGAGAAGGAGAGCGACCAUCAGAUCAUCAAGAGGCGUCUUCGCUCCAGGACGGCUAAAUAA